AUGGCAGCCCCAUCCACGAGAAAGCACGUCGUCUUUGACGUCGUCGGCACCUGCUUUUCCUACGACGGCAUCUUUGACGCCCUCGACGCCCGGAUGGGAGAGAAGCUCCGCUCUCGGUGCAUCUUGCCCAAGCUCCUCGGCUACGCUUGGCUCGAGGCCGCCGAGCGCGAGUACACAUACCUGAGCAUAUCAGGCAGGUACAAGGUCUUCAUCGACGUCUUCGAGGCUCUCUUCUGGCGCGUGCUUUGGAUGGCCGGGAUCGAGGACCCGCGCUCGUUCGCGACCGAAGAGGACCUCGCCUUCGUCAUGGCAAAGUACCAGGAGCUCGAGGCGAGGCCGGGGAUCGCGGCGUGCUUCGAGGCGCUGAGGCGCGACGGCUUCACUGUCUGGGCGUUCACGACGGGCGACAAGGCCCGGGUCAGCGGGUACUUUCGGAGGAACGGUAUCGACAUGCCCGAGGAGAACUUCAAGUCUUGCGACUCGAUCGGCGUCGGCAAGCCCGCGCCCGAGGCCUACAAGUCGCUGCUGGACCAGUUUGCUGGGGAGGAGGCCUGGUUUGCCGCCGCGCACAUGUGGGAUGUUUCGGCUGCUCGGGAGAACGGAUUCAAAGGGGCUUACUGCACCAUUAUGGAAAAAGACCCAUGCACUCAGAUAUUUGGCGACAUGGACGUGAUUGCUGACGGCUUUGAGGAUCUGGCCAAGAAGAUUAUCGAUGCCAAUAUCAAAAAGCAUUAUCAAUCUCCCUCAAUCAUGGCAGAAGAACAGAUGAUUCCAAACCACAUCCCCGUUCCCAACCCCGUCCCGUCCUUUUGGACAGCAACACCCUCUCCACUCAGUGACCACCGCACUACACCCGAUCUCCCAACAACAAGCGACAUAGUUAUCAUCGGCGCCGGGCUCGCGGGCGUCGCAACAGCUUUUCACAUAAUAAAACACUACCAGAGCUCAAGCGCACACAAGCCUCUGCCUUCGAUUCUCAUCCUGGAAGCUCGGCAGAUAUGCUCCGGAGCGACGGGCCGUAAUGGAGGCCACAUCAAGCCCGACGUCUACUUCAACGUCGGCAAGCACGCCAGCUUGUACGGCAUGGAAGCCGCUGCCGAGAUGGCCAGGUUCGAAGCCGAGCAUGUAUAUGCCGUCAAGGACCUGGUCGAGACCGAGGGCCUGGAUUGCGAUUUCCACCUAACCAGAUCAGUAGACGUGUGCUUGGAUCCCGACCAUGCACGCGAGACCGAGGCUGCGUAUAGGGAGCUGGUCAAAGCCGGCGUGGUGAACCUGCGGGAUGUUGACUUUACGCCAAAGCAGGACGCAGAAAGGGUAUCUGGAGUCAAAGGCGCACAGUGCUGCUUCUCUUUUACAGCUGCACACCUCUGGCCGUCGAAACUGGUCCACCAGCUCCUGCAACGGCUCAUCGACCAAGGUGGCGUCAACGUGCAGUCCAACACCCCGGUGACCUCCGUAACGUCCAAAUCCGACUCAGAUGGGCGCUGGACGGUCACCACGCCCAGGGGUAACGUCGCAGCGCGCAACGUCGUCCAUGCGACCAACGCAUACGCGGCGAACCUUCUGCCCGAGUACAUUGGCCACAUCGUUCCGGUUCGGGGCGUGUGCAGUCGCAUCGUGCAUCCGGAUGGGCGGAACGGCAGUCAACACCUGGUCAACACGUACGGAAUCAGGUACAACGAGCGGGACUAUGACUAUCUCAUCCCCCGCGCUGAUGGAAGUAUAGUAGUCGGCGGCGCGAGGCAGAUGUUUUGGCACAAGCCGGAACUGUGGUUCAACAACAUCCGUGACGAUGAGCUGGUUGAGGAAGCCGGCGGGUAUUUUGAUGGGUACAUGCAGCGGACGUUUCGGGGAUGGGAGAACAGUGGUGCGACGGUCGACAGGGUGUGGACUGGGAUCAUGGGUUAUUCGUCGGACUUUAUGCCUCACGUGGGACAAGUCCCCGGCAAAGACGGCCAGUAUAUCAUUGCAGGCUUCUCUGGCCACGGAAUGCCCGAGAUCCUACUCGCGAGCCGUGGUGUAGCGGAAAUGAUCUGCGAGGGUGUUUCCUUCGACGCUACCGGCCUCCCACGAUUAGUCAAGACGACUGCCGAGAGGAUUAGCAAGGAGCGGGGCAGCGCGCUCGAGGAGUCUCUCAGCUCGACGUUGGGUGACGAGCAUAGGAUAUUGAGGUAA